CUGAGCGUACGCAGCUCGCUGCUGUGCAGGUGUUUUGCAUAAGGGUGCUUCUCGCCUUCGUGUUAGCAGUGUGCCAGACGCUACCUGAAGUCAUGGCUGACCAGGUGGCCGCCAUGUGUGAUCAGCUUAUUAAAGCUGUGAAUGUGAUUAUGGAUGCGGAAACAAGCCAAAUUUAUCGACUGGAGGCCCUAAAGUUUUGUGAAGAGUUUAAAGAGACAAACUCCUUCUGUGUCCCAUGUGGCUUACAAUUAGCCGACAAAGCCCAGCCAGCAGUAGUGAGGCACUUUGGUUUGCAAAUCCUGGAGCAUGUCAUCAAGUUCAGAUGGAACAACAUGCAACAACAAGAGAAAGUCCAGUUGAAGGAGUGUGCCAUGCAGCUGUUAUCAAAUGGUACUCGUUCUAUCCUGGAGGAGGAGAGCCAUAUCAAAGAUGUCCUGGCCCGAAUCACUGUGGAAAUGAUAAAGAGAGAAUGGCCUCAACAUUGGCCAGAUAUGCUGAAAGAGAUGGAGGCUCUCACUAGUCAAGGGGAGGCACAGACAGAGCUGGUCAUGUUGAUCCUGCUGAGGCUGGCGGAGGAUGUGAUCACCUUCCAGACGUUGCCCACCCAGCGACGCAGAGACAUCCAGCAGACACUCACCCAAAACAUGGAAAGCAUCUUCAGUUUCAUGAUGGCAAUUUUGCAGCUUAAUGUCGAGGACUACCGUAAACUGAAAGGGUCACAAGGACAUGAACUGCAGGCCAGAGCUCACUGUCGAGUCGCCGUGGCUACGCUGAAUACACUUGCAGGCUAUAUAGACUGGGUGUCUCUGGUGCACAUCACCUCUGGAAACUGCCAUUUACUGGAGAUAUUAUGUCUUCUGCUUAGUGAGCCGGAGUUGCAGCUGGAGGCAGCAGAGUGCCUGCUCAUCGCUAUCAGCCGGAAGGGCAAGCUGGAGGAUAGGAAGCCAUUCAUGCUGCUGUUUGAUGAUGUGGCCAUCCACUACAUCCUUUCUGCAGCCCAGUCAGCAGAUGGACUGGCAAUAUGUAAGAAAUCCCCUGAAUCACAAGCAGUGGAGGUGGUGGAGCGGCGUUACAUCUUCCUGAAGAGGCUGUGCCAGGUCCUGUGUGCUCUGGGAGGCCAGCUCUGCUCAUUAGUGGGUUCAGAUGUUGAGGUUGAAGUACCUGCAAAUCUCAGCAAGUACACAGAAGCCCUUUUAGCCUUCACUACACAUUCCAGUCAGUUUUUGAAGUCAUCCACUCUCGCUACUUGGGGAGCUUUGUUCAGACAUGAGAUUCUGUCAAAGGAUGCAGUUGUUGUAGAGAUGGCCGUCAAAUACCUCAGAGCGUCUAUGACCAACCUAGUCAAGACUGGGUUUCCAUCUAGAGACGAUAACCCAAGUUGUGAGUACUCUCGCGUGGACUUUGACAGUGACGAGGACUUCAACUCAUUCUUUAAUUCUUUUCGAGCGCAGCAGGGAGAGGUGGUGAGAAGUGCGUGUCGCAUUGUUCCUUUGGAGGCCUUUCAGAUAGCAGCAGAAUGGUUACAGUAUCAAAUUGCAAGCCCUAUUGACACUGGGGAUACCACAUCUAAGUCUGCAGAGGGCCUGUGUUCCCUCCUGUCUCCAUCUGUGGUCCAGUGGGAUGCAAUGACCGUUUUCAUGGAGUGUAUGCUCGCGCAGAUCUUAAAAAGUCUGGAAGAGGAGAAGCUGCCCAUAGAUCAGAGCAUGGAGCUGCUGCAGGCUGUGCUGAACUACGACACCAAAGACCCUCUCAUCUUGUCCUGUGUGCUCACCAAUGUCUCUGCCCUCUUCCCAUUUGUCUUACAUAGACCACACUUCCUGACACAGGUCCUACAUAAGCUGUUUAAAGCCAUCACAUUUGAGGUUGGUCAGGACAAUAAGGCACCUCGGACCAGAGCAGUAAACAACGUGAGGAGGCACGCCUGUUCCUCUAUCAUCAAAAUCUGCCGGGAUUACCCACAGUUCCUCUUGCCUUGUUUUGACUUGUUUUACAAUCAAAUGAAGAAGCUGUUCUCGAGCGACACCACACCAACUCACAUGGGGAAAUGUUCAUUGAUGGAAGCUUUGGUGCUACUCAGCAACCAGUUCAAAGACUUUGCAAAGCAAAAGGCUUUUCUAGAUGAACUGAUGGUGCCAGUGGUUGCUGAAUGGACCUCAGAUGAGAUGAGGCAUGUGCUGUGGGACCCUGCUGUGUUCCUGUCCUUUGUUGGAGCUGAUCAGGAGGUCUCUGAGCAAAGUACAGAUUCAGACAACGCAGGCCUAAAUAGGGGGCGGUUGAGUUUCUGUCUGUAUGCCAUGUUGGGGGUGGUGAAACGGGCACGUUGGCCUGCAGACCUGGAGGAAGCCAAGGCUGGUGGCUUUGUGGUGGGUUACACCCCUACUGGAGCUCCCAUCUACAGAAACCCCUGCACUGCUCAGUUUCUGGCCUUGCUGCCCAACCUGUUAGCGGUGAUCAGGACUCACAACAGUCUGUUCAUGCCAGAGAACAGGGCUCGUCUGAGUGAGACCUUUUCUAGGUCCCACGAAGUGAUGGAUGCAGAGAAAAAUGUAGUUCUUGGUCUCUCUCAGCAUCUUCUGGAUAUUUAUGACUCUCCUGUGUAUAGAACCAGCCUGGAGCGCAUGCAGGGAUUUUUCAGUACAUUGUAUGACAACUGCUUCCAUGUCCUGGGAAAUGCAGGUCUGUCCCUGCAGCAGGAAUUCUACACCAUUGAGAGGUUGGCUGAAGAAAUAGCUGGCUCUGCUUUCGCCUCCCUCGACCAUGUGCCUGACCACAGACUUCGCCCUAUGAUUCGGGUGUUUUUAAGGCAGUUGGUGCUAUCGUGUCCUCAGGAGUACUACGACAGUCUACUCUGCCCCCUGCUGGGCCCUCUGUUCGCCUACAUGCAGCAGAGACUCAGCGUCAAGUGGCAGGUCAUCAACCAGAGGACCUCGAUAAACGGUGAGGAUGAGGAGGAAGUGGUGUGUCAGGAGAGCCAGGUGACGCAGGAGAUGUUGGAGGAACAGCUGGUGCGCCUGGUCACCAGGGAGGUGCUGGAUCUUCUCACUGUGAGCUGUAUUUCUAGAAAAGUGCCUGAACCAGCAGCAAACAAGGAGGACAUAGAUGAGGAAGACAUGAUGAUGGAUUCAGUGCAGACGGCGUCUACAACCCAGCCCACUGAGGAGCUGACUGAGCUAGGAAAAUGUCUGAUGAAAAACGAGAACAUCUACAUGUCACUACUGACCCUCUCCUUCACCUCACUGUCGUGGAAAGACACCACCAACUGUCACCGCACUGCCUCCAUGGUCUGCUGGACCCUUCUGCGGCAGGUUGUAGGGGGUAAUCUCCUUCCUGAAGCGGUCACAUGGUUCUUUACCAGCGUUCUUAGGGGCCUUCAGGUUCACGGGCAGCAUGAGGUCUGCAACUCUACCCUCUCUCAGCUGGCCAUGCUCAUCUAUGAAAAUCUGCGGCCUCGCUACAUGGAGCUGAGAGCAGUAAUGACCCAGAUCCCAAAUAUCAGUGUGGAGGCUCUGGACCAGUACGAUCACAGGCUCAUGGACCCAAAUGCCCAGAAGGUUGGAGACAAAAAGAGGAAAGACCAGUUCAAGAAGCUCAUCGCAGGAACUGUUGGGAAAGCUCUGUGCCAGCAGUUCAGGAAGGAGGUUCAUAUCCGGAAUCUUCCAUCCCUCUUUAAAAAGCCGAAGCCAGACAAGGAUGUACAGAACAGUGAAACACUGGGCCUGGCAGCUCUCUUCUCCCCGGAGAAUAAUACCCUGUAGGAAGACGUAGUGAUUCUAAUGGACUCCAUACUGACUGAGGACAGAGUUACGUGUACAAGCCAGGGUUUCCCUCACCAUCCUCCAGCUGGGGCAGUGUGGCGCUACCAAACGUGUCUGUCGACACUCCUGUUUUUCAGUUGGUCAGCUUUUAUUUUAACCCCUCGUUGUGCCACAACAUCACUCACACUAAUCAGGGAUAUCUUUCCACUAGUCAUUUGCACAGGCUAGAUUCACACAGAAGAUCCCAUUGGGUGCUUCUGCUCCACUCUCAUGUGUAAAGGAAGUUGUAGGAAAUAUUACUGACUGAAAACCGAUGUUUCUGUAUCAGAUUUUAAGGGACUAACUUAUAAUAAUCAUUACUAUUUGCUCUACAACAGAAGCUCUGUUGAGUCACAGCAUACCUUGAAAUAGGUUGAUCCUGCAUUUUGCUUUUUUGUUUUAAGGGUCAAUAUUUGUUCUAUUGCCCAGCAUCAUAGAGCGUGUCAUAGAUUUAUAAAACCAGGGAAUCAAACUGAGAGCCCGGUUAUGGUUUAAUAUUCAACCUAGAAACUGGCAUUUAAUGAUAUCCAGACCAGAAAAGCCAGUAUAGCCAGAAGCUGCAGGAGUGGUCUGUUAGGAAGGUGUGUGUGUGUCUGUGGCAUGUGAGAGGUGGAGACCUUUUGUACUUACGAAAAAAGAAAUCUUAAUUUCGGAGGUUAGUGUUGGCAGAUAUGUUGUGUGACCACGCAGCUGCUCUCAAGUCCCGGGUCAAAAAGAAAGGAGGAAAAAUCUAGGAUAAAUCCUGGUACACAUUUUUCUAUUUACUGUAAUUUCCUUUGACAGGACUAGCUUGAAUGCAGUUUCUGAAUCUGAAGGAUAUGCUAAUGGUACCUCAGGUGCGACGCUCCCUGUGAUGGGCUGAAGAUAUAUUAUGGAAACAAAAGAGAUAAAAAAAAAAAAGCAGCUGAAUUGUGUUUUCAUGAAUGGUUAUUGUAGAUUUAAUUAUGAACAACAGUUUUCUAUUUUGCAGAUAUUACACAGUGGUUGGAUAAUGCAAUCAUGGUUUGCAAUUUUGCCAGUUUUUCUUCACAUCAGCACAACAUACACAGCCCAAGUACUGUUUCGAAUUGCUUAUUUAAUGUAGAGCACAUAUCAUACUACAGAUAUUACAGCCACAAUUUGUGCCAAAACACUCACGGUAGACUUGACAAACUUGAGCAGACAAUUGUGUCCGAAAAGCAAAACCUAACAACAUAUUACUAUGAAAAUCAUUUAAGGGUGGACUCAACAACUAAUGUGUAGCUUAAUCCCAAGUGUUUCUGUUGUUUUCUAGCUGUUCAGUCAGUGAUGAUAUUAUUUUUUUACGUGUUCUUUUUUGUGUUUGUACUGGUAUUGCCAGCCAUGAAAAAAAAAAAAAAGAUGAACCAGCACUACAUUCCUUCGUUGUCCAAGGGAUUGUUUUUGAGCGUGAUUUGUUGGAUGUAUUUUUGCUCUUAUGGAGCUGUCAUGAUAGUCAGUGAUUUUUUUUUUUUAACUAUGUGUUGUGUAUAUUCAAACCAAAAUUAAUGGAUGUUAUUUUGGCAUGGAGUGAGCCCCCUUCAAAUGCACAUAGAUGGGUUUGCGUUUCAGAUGGUUUCAGCUGGUUUCCUGAAAACAGGAACGUUUCUGAAAUUAAAUUUUCCUGUGAAUUGAUUCCCCGGUCUGUGAUGAUUGUUUGUUCACAUGUGGCCAUUUAAAAAAAAAAAAUGCUUGUUCAACACUAAAAUAUUCUGUAUAAGGAAGGAAAUAGGCUUUUUAAAAGUGUAGUGUGGUUUAUAUUUUGUUGUUUUUAAAUAAAAUCAUUUCAAUUUUG